GCCUUGGGGGUCCCUGGAGGAAAGGUGGGAGUUCAGAUAAAGAAAAGGAGCAUCUUUUCACCAUUCCAUUCCAAGAAAUGCAGACUUGGGAGAAGGACUCUGGCCCAGACCUCUGUGCCCAGGUGGUAGCCCUAGCUGAGGAUUUCCUCCUGAGACGGCAAGAGCCUGACGGAGAGGCACAAAACGUGCCUCAGCUCUCAGAGAAGAAUCUUUCAGAUUCCAAGAAGGCACAGGAAGACAAGCAGGCAGAGGAGGCAGAAGAAUAUGAUGGGGAGACUGCCUUAUUAGUCGACGAGUCCGACGGAGAAAGCGAAGAGGGGGUCCUCCCAGCAGAAAGACCCGAGCGCAGAAACCCCACCCGGAUAUCGUUGGAAGAAGUCAUCCUGGGGAAGCUUUUCCCAGUGGAAGAAGGGCCUCCGGGCAACGUGCCCACCACAAACUUUGCCACGGAGAAGCCGUUUGAGUGCUCUGAGUGCGGGAAGCACUUCUCUACCAGCUCCCACCUCAUCAACCACAAGCGCGUCCACACAGGGGAGAAGCCCUACAAGUGCUUGAGCUGCGGGAAAAGCUUCACGGAGCGAGGCAACCUCUUGAAGCACCAGAGGACCCACACAGGCGAGAAGCCCUAUGGAUGUUCCGACUGCGGGAAAGCCUUUGGCAUCAGCUCUCAACUGAUCAGCCACAAGCGGGUGCACACGGGAGAGAAGCCCUACGAGUGCUCGGACUGCGGGAAGAGCUUCUGCACCAGCUCGCAGCUCGUGCGCCACAGCCGGGUCCACACGGGCGAGAAGCCGUACGAGUGCUCCGCCUGCGGGAAAACCUUCAGCCAGAGGUCGUACCUCGUGGGGCACGAGAGGACGCACACGGGCGAGAAGCCCUUCGAGUGCUCGCAGUGUGGGAAGUGGUUCUCGCACCGCUCCGACCGCCUGAGGCACGAGAAGAUCCACACGGGCGAGAAGCCCCACAAGUGCGCCGACUGCGGGAAGGGCUUCAACCAGAAGGGCUCACUCGUCACGCACCAGAGGACCCACACGGGGGAGAAGCCCUUCGAGUGCUCCGAGUGCGGGAAGAGCUUCAACGACCGGGGUUACCUUAUCACACACCGGAGAACCCACACGGGGGAGAAGCCCUUUGAGUGCUUGGACUGCGGGAAGAGCUUCAGCCGCACGUCCCACCUGACCGUGCAUAAAAAAACACAUGGCGGGGAGAGGCCGUAGCCGGAUAAGGAGGUAGGGAGGGGAAAGAGAAGACAAAUGAACACACACCCCAACCCUCAAGUCCCUCUGACCUUUGCAAAAUAUCAGAAAAUCCGUGUGAAAAUGCCCAGGUGCUCAGAAUAUUUU